AUGUUCACCAAGACUCUCAUCGCAAGCGCUUUCGCCAGCCUCGUCGCUGCGCAGUCUACCGUCUUGACCUUCACCCAUGUGCCCAACCCCAUCACGGACGGUCAAGCCCAAGCGAUCACGUAUUCCACGAACGAUACCACUACCCCCGUGACUAUCAUCCUUCGCAAAGGCGUUCAGACCGACCUCCAGACGAUUAGCACGUUGACAACCACCGCGACCAGCGGCCAAUACAUCUGGACUCCAUCCACCUCCCUCGCCAACGGCGUCGAUUACGCGCUUCAGAUCGUUCAAGGCAGCCAAUUCAACUACUUCGGCCCAUUCACCAUUCAAGGCGCAUCUGCAUCUGCCGUCUCGUCUGCAUCCGUCUCGUCGACAGCCAGCUCAAGUGCUUUCGCCAGCAGCACCAUCUCGGCCAAUGGCACCGCAUCCACAACGAUCCCGGUAGGAACAAUUGGCUCUGGCAUGGCUACGGGCACUUCCAUGCCCCGCAACACCACAAUGAGCAUAGCUUCGUUGACCAGCACUGGUUCUGCGACCAGCAUGACUGGAAGCGCUUCUACACACGCUUCCGGCACGAGUACAGGCGCGGCUGCGGGCUCGGCAUCUGCUCCUGCCAAGCCAUCCUCUUCGACGAGUGGUGCAUCUGCGAUCCAGAUGGGCAGCGUCCUCUCUCUUGUUUUCGGCGCGGCAGCUGCAAUCUUCUACCUGUAG